GGCGGCCUCUGGGCGGGGCGAAGCUCCGGUGCGCAGCCGGGCGGAGCAGGGGCUGCCGCCCGCUCGCGGUGCGGCAGGGGCCGGGGUGGCCGCGGGGGUUCGGGGCACGGACGGAGGAGCUGAAAUGAUACAGAAAACUGUUAGAAGCUGCGACUGCAAAAUGAGCUCCUUUUACUUGAUGCUGAAAGGAGGUAAACCAAAGCUGCAAGAAUUAUGAUCAGCUCUUUGACAAGUGACAGGAAAACCACAUACAAGGCAACUAAAUAAAGGCUAUGCAUAAGAUGACAUCUACAUUUUUGCUUAUUGGUCAUCUAAUUCUAGUCAUACCUUUGUUCAGUGCUGAAGAAUGUGUUAUUUGUAAUUACUUUGUUCUUCUUGGAGAACCUACAGCUAUCAGUUGCCCAGUAAUUACAUUGCCAACGCUUCAUUCUGAUUACAAUCUGACUUGGUAUAAAAAUGGUAGUAAUACACCGAUAACCACGGAGAGACAUGCCAGGAUCCAUCAGAGGAAGGGCUUGCUUUGGUUUAUUCCUGCAACACUUGAAGAUUCUGGACUUUAUGAAUGUGAAGUAAGGAGUCUUAACCGCUCUAAACAAAAAAUUAUAAAUUUAAAAGUUUUUGAGAAUGAUAAUGGUUUGUGCUUUAAUGGAGAAAUGAAGUAUGACCAAAUAGUGAAGAGUGCAAAUAUUGGAAAGAUUAUGUGUCCUGAUCUAGAAAACUUCAAAGAUGAAGACAAUAUUAAUCCUGAAAUACACUGGUAUAAGGAGUGUAAGUCUGGAUUUCUUGAAGACAAACGACUUGUUUUGGCAGAGGGUGGAAAUGCUGUAUUGAUCCUCAAUGCUACUAUCCAAGACAAAGGAAACUACACGUGCCGUAUGGUAUAUACAUUCAUGGGAAAACAAUAUAAUGUUUCACGCACCAUGAAUCUGGAGGUUAAAGAAAGUCCACUGAAGAUGAGACCGGAGUUUAUUUACCCAAACAACAAUACAAUUGAAGUGGAACUUGGCUCUCAUGUAGUCAUGGAAUGCAAUGUAUCAAGUGGUGUGUAUGGCUUGCUUCCAUACUGGCAAGUUAAUAAUGAAGAUGUUGAUAGCUUUGACAGCACCUACAGGGAACAGUUUUAUGAAGAGGGAAUGCCUCAUGGGAUUGCUGUGUCUGGAACAAAAUUUAACAUUUCAGAAGUGAAAUUGAAGGAUUAUACUUAUAAAUUUUUUUGUCACUUCUUUUAUGAUUCUCAAGAAUUUACAUCAUACAUCAAAUUGGAACACCCAGUUCAGAACAUUCGGGGUUACUUGAUUGGAGGAGGAAUUUCUUUGAUAUUUUUUUUGUUUCUUAUACUCGUUAUCUACAAGAUCUUUAAAAUCGAUAUUGUGCUUUGGUAUCGGAGCUCCUGCCAUCCUUUCCUGGGUAAAAAAGUUUCAGAUGGAAAGAUCUAUGAUGCUUAUGUUCUAUAUCCAAAGAACAGAGAGAGCUGCUUGUACUCAUCAGAUAUUUUUGCUCUGAAGAUACUGCCAGAAGUCUUAGAAAGACAGUGUGGAUAUAACCUCUUUAUAUUUGGGAGAAAUGAUUUAGCAGGAGAAGCUGUGAUCAGUAUUACUGAUGAAAAAAUCCAUCAAAGUAGAAGAGUAAUAAUUAUCUUAGUACCAGAACCAUCAUGUUAUGGUGUUUUAGAAGAUGCAUCUGAAAAACAUCUUGCUGUGUAUAAUGCUCUUAUCCAGGAUGGUAUAAAAAUAAUUCUGAUUGAACUUGAAAAAAUAGAAGAUUAUGCAAACAUGCCAGAAUCCAUCAAAUAUGUUAAGCAAAAGUAUGGAGCUAUCCGAUGGAAAGGGGACUUCUCGGAAGGGUCACACUCAGCAAGUACGAGGUUCUGGAAAAAAGUGCACUACCACAUGCCGUCCAGAAAACAUGGAUCUUCAUCAGGGUUUCAUUUGUCACCAUGAGACUUGAAUUCUCCCCAGGCAACAACAGAAAAAUGAAGUGACUGACAAAGUUUAUGUAAUUGGUGAUGGACUGGCAGAAGGUCGCAUGUUUUUGUACAAACAAUCUCACCCAAAUUUUCUGGAUUGAAGGUACUACAACUUUAUCUGCAGACGUGAAUCAUAUUUUCUUCUGACCACAUCAGCAGAAUGUCUUGAAAUGUCAUCAACAGCACAGUGAUGGCACGGAAACAUUUAGGAAGUACUGAAGGACUCUUCCAAGAAUUGCACUGUGAUUUUCUAAAACAUUUUUUAAUUUUGUAAAACAAGAAGAAAGACCCGGAAAAAUACUUUCUAGCAAUUGAAGGAUGAGUAUGAAGGAAAUCGUAUAAAUUAAUUAUAAUUGUGAUGUUAUAUAUUGGACUUGGUUGAUGCUGGUAAGUGAUUUUGUUGUUGUUGUUGUUUUAUGAAAUGACAUGAAUUUUAUUUGUUACAAGUUUAUUUGCUGCUUUGUUCAUUUUGCUCAAAGGUAAUACCAUCAUUGUUAGUGCACCUGUGUGGUAUCACCCAAGAGAAAAGGUAAGAGACAAUCCCAGCUUCCCCAGAACGCUACUCAGUCUGACAAAGAGUAAAUUCUCUUUCCUGAUCUAUCUUACAUUUAAAGAACUGCAUGGUUCUCGGCCCCUAAUGCCAUUCAAACACCAUUAAAAGUAUCAUUGUAUUGCUGUUCCUAGUCUUAAAAUGUUUAAUGUCCAGAAGACUUUUAUCUUGUUAAGUGCCUUAGUAUAUUUGUCCUUUAUUACCAUGUGGAGCUACGAGGUCAUGACUGAUUCUCUCAUGCAGACUAGAGAAUUGUUGGCUUUUUGUUGGCAUCUCAGGGACCAAAGGUGCUUCAGGGCACAGACUACAAAGCUGGGUUGUCCCUAUGUGUUGCUGAUGCUGGAAGUGAGCAUGUUUCUCCUCCUGUUCCCAGCCAAGGUGCUGGCUCCAGCAUUUGUCAAAUCUGAAAGCUUAUGCUACCUGAACAGGCUAAUGUGGCAGAGAGGCUUUUCUGUUCUCCCACAUCAGUGAGUUUAUCAUUCCUGGAAGGGUCAUUGUGCAGUGGAAAAGGAAAAAGGGUAGAGUGGUCAUGCUUGGUAGCGCUGUAUGCAUUUAGAAAAUAGAGCUGAAAUAACACUGUUGCCCAGAGAUGGCUGGAGUCCAAUGGGUUUACACGAAAACUGUUAAAACUUAUUGUGGAUGCUGAAUGCUUUUUCUUUCCCUCUUUCUCACUUUUGCUUUUUUAGCAACUUUAUAUACAACAUGGAAUUGUUAACUCCGAAGCUAAGACUCAUGUGUGGACAGUGAUGCAGUCUGUAAUGAUAAAUUCUCUUGAUGGGGGAUUGUCUAUUUUCAAAGAAAUCACCAAAUUUAGUGUCAUGUUUGUAGAUAGAAGAUUUACAGGAAUAAGAGAUAUGGGAGUUAAACCAUCUGUGCUUUUCAUUUUCUGCCCAAGUUUCUACUUCUAAGUUAGAGAUUUAGUUUUGUAUGGAAGCUUCAGUGUUCAUCUGUUACGAGUGGACUCUGUAGUCUAAGUAUAAGGCAUAGAUGGUUCUUGUGAACAAACUUAGAAAAUUUCAGUUUGGUGAACUCUAUGCCAUCUGAAAACUAACUUGUGGUUCAAGUUAUCAUACACAGGCAUUGCUUGGUUUUGCUGCUAGUGACAUUUGAUUAUUAAUUAGUUCCUUUUUAAAAACAAACAAAAAAAAUGCUCUGGGAAGAUAAGUAUUGAACUGUUUUUGUGAUUUUUAAAAUGUAGGUGUAAUGACCAAUUGCCUGUGUUCUCAAGGAAAAAGUAUGACAGCUCUGGUAACAUUGUGCGGGUAGGGAAAAGGCACAAGGCUGGUUAAUAAACUUAAAGUGAAGAUCUGGUUUAUGUAACAGUUGCAAAAUAGCUAGGUAAUUAUACAUAAGGGAGAGAGAAUUGAGAGAGAAUUGAGAGAAUGAAGGCAGCAAAAAAAAGAAAGCUCUGCAGUUGUGUACACUAACUCCUUUGUGAUUGUUUGCUCUAGUGUUAAUAAUUGUCCUAGUACAGAAUUUGAAGACAAGGCAUCUGAUCAGACUGUGAUGGUUGAUUUGCAACACGAGUUUCGGAUCUGCCUUUAAUUUCUGCUUGUGAUUCUGGAUUUCUGUUUGUGUUCAUGUCCUCUUAAAUUCUGUUUUGCAGAACUUUUUUUUUCCCAAUUCAAAUUUCAGUAAAUCUUAUUACAUACUGCAGAACAAUCAGCUUACUACUACGUAAAAUUCCUUUGCUUUCCAAGCUGUUCUCAAAGGCUGCUGCUAAUAUGGUAUUAGGCAGAAUUUUUUCCUUUGAAUUGAUCCUUUGAUAUCUCUGAUACCACUUUUUAAUUUGAAAAACUUAUGUUCUGCAUCCCUCAGAAUUCUUCUACUCUUUGAGUACCGCUUCCUUCAUUUUGACACUGUAGUGUUAUUUUUUGUUUGUUUGUUUUUUCUGUCAUUGGCUCUUUUCUUCCUUCCCCAUCCUCAACCAAAAGAAACUGAUGGUCUGAGGUGCCAUCCCUCAAAACUGCCAUUAGGAUGACCAUAGGAUAGUGGUGACCUUUGUGUUGUGCCUCACAGAUGACAAAGCCAAUGGAAAUAACUUUCUUUCCCACUAUAAGUUAUUUGAUUACUUUGGUGUAUGCUGAAAAUUUGAUAUUCUUUGCCUUCUCAGCUUUGUGAGCUGAGUGUAUAUCUGACCAGAAUGGAAUGAGAUUCUAUUUCAGGACAAGAGGGGGUGGGGGGGAAGUUAUAUGGGAAAUGUCAGGGUAUUUCCAACUGUUUUGGUACUGGAAUAUUUUAUCAAAGAAUGUCAUGUAUGUGUAGACCAAUUCACACGCUUAUCUUCUGUUCUCAUUCUAUGUUUUAUUCAAGACAGAAUUGUCUUGGGAGAAACACUUCUGGUCAUGAGGUGUCACAUUCACAUAGCUGUUGCACUAGAUCUGCUUUUCAAUAUAGUGUUUGUUUGGUGAUAGUCCAUCAUGGUAAAAGAGCCUUGAGAUCCAUCUCAAGUUACUGAAAUUCAUCUGGACAAGGUGAAUGUGCUAAUUGGUAUGGUUCACAUUGAUAAAAGAAUUUAGUGGGACAGAAGCUGUAUGGUUUGGUCUUUUGUCAGAGGAUCCCAAUAUCAAAUGUGAAGACUAGACACUGGAAGUAUCAUAUUUUUACUUGGAGGACUAAUAUUGACUUUGCAUUUUCACCUUGACAGUUUGCAAGCCAGCCAACAGAGUUCCACCAACCUCUGGCCUCUUCAGUUUUUGUGUUUAUGAAAAACUGCUACUUGUUAUGCCUUCCUUUAGUGGAAAGUUAUUUUACUGAGCCAAAAUACUGUUAAUUGUUUGUUUUGAUAUAUUUGUAUGACUGAAGUUUUCAUGUGUGUUAUGUAAAGACACUUUGAAGAAAGGCUGUUUUUAAUUCAAUAAAACACUACCUAAUUUUUUUCUUA